CUGGAUAGUGAUAAUAAUGAAGAUUAUGAUCUUAAUGAUGAAAUAGAAGAAAAUAUAUUUAAUGAGUUGGAUGAAAGAAUAGACGAAAUUUUAUCAGAUCAGCUUGUAGAAGAUAAUAGAUAUACACCCUGUGUCAUUAUCGAUAAUGACAAUGAUGAUAAUAAAAUACAAUGA